AUGACUGUAAUUUAUGUGAUCUGGGCAGUGGCAAUGGCUGCUCUUGCUAUCAUUACUGUUGUUGGUAAUCUUGCUGUCCUACUUUCUUAUUACAUCGACAAAAAUAUUCGCCAACCCGCCAACUAUUUCAUCUUUUCACUCGCCAUUUCGGAUCUUAUGAUCGGUUUGGAAGGAAUCCCAGUCUACACGUAUUUCUUUCUCAACGACAACAAGUGGUAUUGGGGCCCGUUUUUAUGUGACCUAUGGCUAGUUAUUGAUUACACGGUUUGCCUUGCCUCAAUAUAUACAGUACUAGGAAUUACGGUAGACAGAUAUUGCUCAGUAAAGAUGCCAGCAACUUACCGAAAUUGGAGAACAUCAAAACGAGUGAUACUCAUCAUUAUCGCUGUUUGGGUGGUCCCUUGUACUUUGUUCACUGUUUCGAUUUUUGGAUAUGAAACAAUCACCGGAAAAGUUCGAAUAGGCGACGAUAAAUGUGAAGUGCCUUUUAUGACUGAUCCAUAUUUAAAUAUGGCCGAUAAGAGUGAUCAGAAAACAAAAAGAUUGGCUUUACUGUCACAAAUGCGUCGACCACAAAGACCGGAAACGCUUUCAUUGAGAACAAGUGAUGCGGGAAGGACAAGCUCGGACAGUCCACAAGACACAUCUGAUAGUCAACGAUCAAAUAUCAAUAAUAGAAGGCCAUCAAGACCAUCAACGAGACCGACUUUAUCAAAUUCGAAUGAAAAGAAAUCAUCGGCUCCAGCAAGACUCAAUCUACAAAAAGUCGUAGCAAUAAAUAAGAUCUCUGUGGCAACACCAAAUCAUUUGACCAAUCAUUGCAACAAUUUGCAACAAACAAAAAACUCUGAUCGACCCGAGCGGGUAACGAGAGAAAAAGAAAAAAGAGAAAAGAGUACACCGACAUAUAGAAGUGUGUACAGACAAGAACUAUCUUCAGUUAUCGAAAGAGAAAGCACAGCACCUUGUGUGAGUCCAGAGACUUCAGAUCCCGACGUUGAGCCAUUACCAACACUUGAAUUUAAACCGGAUAUAAGAUUUCCAUUCAUCGAUGCAGACAGCCUUUCGUCGUUAGUUGGAACUGAUGAUUUGAGAAGAAAUGGAAGUGUUUUCCGAAAAGAAACAGUCAUUUUGGAAAAGCAAGAAGAUGAGGAGAAAUCGGAAAGCAAAGAUGAUGAGCGUGACAGUGGAAAUGGAGAAAGUACAGAAAGAGAAGGAAAUGAACUCAUUGAAAGACAACCAUCAAGAACUGUUACGUCAAGAGGCUCAAAUUCGAUGGCUCUUCAUGGUACUCUCUCCACUACAGAAACUCCUCGCAUUGACAUUGAUGAUCAGGUGAUUGUGCCUUUGAUUGCUGUUUCACGGGUCGAAAGUGUGAAAUCGACAGGAAGUCGCAUGAGACGUCUUCUAUCUGCAGUUCGUUCACGUUCUGUACGCAAAAAGAAGGGUCAUCAUUAUAAAUCGAAAAGUGAAAAUCGAGCUCGAAAAGCCCUUCGCACUAUCACAGUCAUUUUGGGUGCUUUCACUUUACUCUGGACUCCAUUCUUUUUGUUAGCUACGAUCAGCGGUUUUUGUCAAACGUGUGGGGACUAUCCGACAUUCAACUUGUUCUACUCGAUCUCCUACUAUUUAUGUUAUAUGAACUCACCGAUCAAUCCUUUUUGUUAUGCGAUGGCCAAUCAGCAAUUUAAAAGAACACUAACGCGUAUCUUUAAAGGAGAUUUUCAUCGAGCC